CGCGAGACAUCCGGGCUUUGAGCUGAUGCUUUUCGUUCUCCCUUUUCUCUGCUCCUCGCGUCAUCACGACAGCGCGGGAAGAAGACGCAGGAAUUACGCGAACCCCGUGUGUGCGCGAGUGAGGAGUGAGCGAGAGAGCGGGGGGGGGGGCGAGGAGGAGCAAAGCGGGGCAGAGCGGGCGGCGACUGGCGGCCUGGAAGACCGGAUGGGGCUGUGCUGUAGCGCGGGGUAAAGUUUCGUAAUUUUAAGCGAGAUGAAGCUCGCGGAACGGGCUAAGAAGAGAGAAAAUGUACCCAAGGAGUGAGCUUUUCGUAAAACCGUUCCUUUUGUCGGGUUGCCAGUUGUUUGGGGUUGCCGGAAAACAAUUAAAAGAGAGUAAAGGGGGAAGAAGAUCUUCGGAUCGGCAUCGUAAUUCGGGUUUGGCUGGUCUUAAAGGAAUCCACAAGCUGAAACCAAACUUACUGUGAACUACAAUAGACUCUUGCGGCCCAUGAAGUAACUAUCUCGGAGGAACUCUGUAACUGGAGAACAAGAGCAAUAGGAUGACAUCUCUUGUGGAUCCCAGGAUUAAACAAGCAUUGCGGAAAAAACCAUCAGAAAGAACUCAAGAGGUGGUGGUGGUGCAGGGACCUUAAAGGUUACAGGAACUGAGUACUAUCUAUUACUAUCUUCAUGGAAUGGACAUACUGUCGCAUCUCAGGGAACAUCAAUUAAGAAUCAUGACUUCCAGUGCACGUUACAAAAGGUACGAGGGAAAUCAAGUUCUGUUUUGCUCAGACACGAUUGCAAGAUGCUGGUAUAUUCUUCUUUCUGGAUCUGUGCUUAUGAAGGACUCCAUGUUCUUGCCACCCUGCAGCUUUGGCAAGCAAUCUGGAGGAAAACGGGGUUGUGAGUGCAUUGUAUUGGAGCCUUCUGAAAUGAUUGUGGUGGACAACUCAAAAGAGAAUGAAGACAACAUCCUGCAAAGGGAAGUGCCCCUCCGACAAUCUCGGCGGAGGUUUAGGAAGAUUAACCAGAAGGGAGAACGUCAGACCAUCACAGAUAACGUGGAUGUUAGUAGCUACCUUUUGCUUCCUGCAGACCUUACCAAGAUGCACCUCACAGAUGGUCAACAUUCACAGGUGACUCAUGUCCCUUCAAGCCAGUCUGGCUGCAGUAUUGCCAGUGAUUCUGGCAGCAGCAGUUUAUCUGACAUCUACCAGGCUACUGAAAGUGAAAUGGGAGAUGUAGAUUUAACUGGUCUCCCGGAGGCACCAGUAGAUUCUGAAGAUGAAGAAGAAGAAGAUGAAGACAUCGAUAGAACUUCAGAUCCACUGCUGGGCCGAGAUGUUGUACGGGAAUGCCUUGAAAAAGAACCUGCUGACAAAACAGAUGAUGAUAUUGAACAAUUACUGGAGUUCAUGCAUCAGCUUCCAGCAUUUGCCAACAUGACUAUGUCUGUAAGAAGAGAACUCUGCUCAGUGAUGAUAUUUGAAGUGGUAGAGCAAGCAGGAGCUAUCAUCCUACAUGAUGGGCAAGAACUUGAUUCCUGGUAUGUUAUUUUAAAUGGCACCGUGGAAAUCAGCCAUCCAGAUGGGAAAACAGAAAGUCUCUGUAUGGGAAAUAGUUUUGGGAUUACCCCUUCUCUGGAAAAACAAUACAUGAAUGGUGUGGUUAGGACCAAAGUAGAUGAUUGCCAGUUUGUCUGCAUAGCCCAGCAGGACUAUUGGCGAAUUCUGAACCAUGUUGAAAAAAACACACACAAAGUGGAAGAAGAAGGAGAAAUUGUUAUGGUGAAGGAGCACCGGGAGCUGGACCGCAGUGGAACCAGGAAAGGACAUAUAGUAAUUAAGGCAACACCCGAACGCCUCAUCAUGCAUUUAAUAGAAGAGCAUUCCAUUGUAGACCCAACAUACAUUGAAGACUUUCUGUUAACAUAUAGAACAUUUCUGUCAAGCUCUCUGGAAGUUGGGGGCAAACUCUUGGAGUGGUUUCAAGUAGACAGCCUCAGGGACAAGGUUACCCGAGUUGUACUACUAUGGGUGAACAAUCAUUUUAAUGACUUUGAAGGAGACACAGCCAUGACACGAUUUUUGGAAGAAUUUGAAAAAAACUUGGAAAAUGCGAAAAUGAAGGGGCACCUCAGGUUACUAAACAUUGCCUGUGCUGCCAAGGCAAAGUGGAGACAAAUUACAUUGCAGAAACCUUCCAGAGAUUCCCCACUUUUCUUCAGUCUGCUUGGAGGAAGUGAAAAGAGUUUUGGUAUUUUUGUAGAGACAGUGGAAUCGGGAAGCAAAGCAUCAGAAGCUGGGCUUAAACGUGGUGAUCAGGUAAUGGAAGUCAAUGGGCAAAAUUUUGAGAACAUUACGUUUGCAAAAGCCAUGGAAAUCUUAAGGAACAAUACCCAUCUUUCCAUUACUGUAAAAACAAAUAUUUUUGUGUUCAAAGAACUGCUUAGCAGGAUAGGGCAGGAGAAGAAUGGCAUCCCACAUAUUCCCAAAAUUGCAGAAAAGAAAAAUAAUCGCUAUUCCAUCCCAGAUAUUCCUGGAGAUGUUGAACAGAUGUUUCCACGUGAAAAAGGAAACAAGAAAAUAAAAGCAAACACUGUGUCUGGUGGAAGAAACAGAAUCAAGAAAAUUUUAGACAAGACACGAUUCAGCAUCUUGCCUCCAAAGUUGUUCAGCGAUGGCAGUGUAAGCCAGUCACAGGAUGACAGUAUUGUGGGAACAAGACAAUGCAGACACAGUUUGGCAAUCAUGCCCAUUCCUGGUACACUUUCAUCCAGCAGUCCUGAUCUCUUGCAGCCUACAACCAGCAUGUUAGAUUUUUCUAACCCUUCAGCGGUUGGUUUUUACUACAUUCCAGAUCAGGUUAUAAGAGUUUUCAAAGCUGACCAACAAAGUUGUUACAUUAUCAUCAGUAAAGACACUACAGCAAAAGAAGUUGUAAGCCAUGCAGUGCAUGAAUUCAAUUUGACAGGAGCUCCAGACACCUACUCUCUCUGUGAGGUUUCUGUGAGUCCUGAAGGAGUGAUCAAGCAAAGAAGGCUUCCUGAUCAGUUCUCAAAGUUAGCAGACAGAAUUCAGCUCAAUGGGAGAUAUUAUCUGAAAAAUAACAUGGAAACAGAGACUUUAUGCUCAGAUGAAGAUGCUCAAGAAUUGCUCAGAGAGAGCCAGAUUUCUCUUUUACAACUAAGUACCAUUGAGGUGGCUACUCAGCUAUCCAUGAGAGACUUUGAAUUAUUUCGGAACAUUGAGCCUACCGAAUAUAUCGAUGACCUGUAUAAGCUUGAGUCUAAAACGGGAAAUGCUCACCUAAAACAGUUUGAGGAUGUUAUUAAUCAAGAGACAUUUUGGGUUGCUACAGAAAUUUUAUCAGAGUCAAACCAGCUCAAAAGGAUGAAGAUCAUAAAACAUUUUAUUAAAAUUGCUCUCCACUGUCGAGAGUGCAAGAACUUCAAUUCUAUGUUUGCUGUUAUAAGUGGUCUUAAUCUGGCACCAGUAGCUCGACUCAGAGGUACAUGGGAGAAGUUACCAAGCAAAUAUGAAAAGCACCUUAGAGACCUUCAAGAUCUCUUUGACCCAUCUAGAAACAUGGCAAAGUAUCGCAACAUCCUUAGCAGUCAGAGCAUGCAGCCGCCAAUUAUUCCACUCUUCCCUGUUGUCAAGAAAGAUAUUACAUUUCUGCAUGAAGGAAAUGAUUCAAAGGUGGAUGGCUUGGUAAAUUUUGAGAAACUCAGAAUGAUUGCCAAAGAAAUUCGUCAAGUUAUCAGGAUGACCUCUGCUAACAUGGAUCCUGCUGUAAUGUUCAGACAAAGGAAGAAGAGGUGGAGGAGUUUGGGAUCGCUGAGCCAGGGCAGCACAAAUUCAAACAUGUUAGACGUUCAAGGCGGUGCUCACAAGAAGCGUGCCCGGCGCAGCUCUCUUCUCAAUGCCAAAAAGCUGUAUGAGGAUGCUCAGAUGGCUAGGAAAGUCAAACAGUACUUGUCCAAUCUGAAUGUGGAAACUGACGAAGAAAAGUUCCAAGUCAUGUCACUUCAGUGCGAACCUGCAUAUAGCACUUUGACAAAAAACUUAAGUGAGAGACGAGGUGCAAAAGUUGCAGAAAUGUCUCCAAUUCCACUAAGGUCAGUCGGCCAAACUGCAAAAGCCCAUCUACAUCAGCAAAACCGAAUGAGUCAAGUCCUUCAGGUUCCAGCUGUUAAUUUGUACCCCAUUAGAAAAAAGGGACCCGGAAAGGACCAUGUCACUUUCAGUGCAGGUUCUCCUCAGAAGUCAACCAGUUUGACUGAAGAAGUAAAUAGUAAAAAACAAGCAGAAGAUAAUAUAUCGAUGGCAUCCUCUUUACAUUCUAGUCCUCCUACUUCUCCUCAAGGCUCUCCACGCAAAGUUGGAAACCCUCAGAGGUCUGAUAACUGCAACCAGGUUAAUCUCUCUGGCUCAUCAUCUUCGCUUGCUAGUGAAACCAGCAACAAGAACAGUGGACAACGUAGCUAUGGAAUAGGCUAUGCCUUGAUACCAUCUGCCAAAUCUGAGAAUUUCUCGGAUUCCAGCCACAGUGAGAUCUCUUCACGGUCCAGCAUUGUGAGCAACUGCUCCGCAGACUCCAUGUCUGCAGCCCUCCAGGAUGAGAGAUGCUUGCCUCAGGCCAUUGUGGUAGUGGAUUCUGUAGGAGCCGUGGAAAGGAAAGAGCACCCUCAACCAUCCUGUGAAUACAGCCAGCCUUGCACUGGUUGGCCACUUCCUAGAGCUUCAGUGAUGCGAGGGUUGCCUGUACCAUCUUCCAUGAGUACUGAGGAGAUUUCCCAUGAGCAUAUCACAAUAGAAGCAGCAGAUAGUGGUCGUGGAAGCUGGACCUCUUGCUCAAGUAGUUCUCAUGAUAACUUCCAAAAUAUCCAAAACCAAAAAGGAUGGGACCACUUAAACUCUUACCGCCACACACAUUUAGAAAGAACCAUUGCUGAAGUGGAACCAUCAUCAAGUUUCUGUCCCGAAGAGACUCAUUUGCAAUCCAGUACUCAUUCAAACAGCAGCAGGCAAUCAAAAGCUGGCAUGGAUUUCGAUCAGUCUCGGCAAAGCUGGGCUUCUUCAAGUUCUCUAUCUGACACGUAUGAAGCAAACUACGGGACUAUAAAACGAAGAGGACUUGACAGCUUAACAGCAGAGCAAGCUGAAGUUUUGGACUCGAAAGCAAGCAGUGAUACAGCUUACAAAACGGUCACUUCAAGUACGGAAAGAGGCCUCAUAGUGUACUGUGUCACCUCAUCUAAAGAGGACAAUAGGUAUAGGGAACCACCGCCCACCCCACCAGGAUAUAUGGGGAUUUCUUUAGCGGACAUAAAGGAAGGAUCACCUUACCACCCACACUUAAAACCUCCAGACUAUAGUGUGGCGGUGCAGAGAUCAAAGAUGCUGCAUAGCAAGCUCUCUAGGCUCUCAUCUGCUCCUCUGAGUAGCGAACCUGUGGCGUGUUUUCCAAAGAAGAUGCCUCAGUGGCAUAGUCGGCAGCCGUCCCAUCCUAAGCUAGCAGAUAUGACUGACGCAAAUAGUGAAGAGGAUGAAGAUGAGCAAGUAUCAGCAGUCUAGCCUUUUUGCUUCCUGAGAAAAUUGCCUCGAGGCAUAGUAACAUCAGAAGAAGGAAUUGUACAAUUCUGUCAGCUGUAGCCGACAGCUUGCUGCUAUUGACUUCAAAUGUUGCAUUUGCCUCUAUUCUGAACAAUAUGAUGAACCUCUUUGGAUCAUAAUGUUGAACUCACUUCAGUCUGUCAUGAUCAGCACCACAGCCUAAGAAAACUGUUUGUCUGUGACAGAGACAGCUAUGUCCAGGGAGCACUGGCCCUCUGGGUCAAGACAUCAGUAUCCAAAAGGACCUGACUUCUAAUGCAUUGGGGCCACCUGAAACUUGGAAGUGUUUUCUGUAGAAAAUCUAUGGAAACUUUUGGUAGACUCCACUCAAAUAUUUUCUAUAUGACCAUUACAGCUCUCAGUUGAAGAAUGUUAUUUUAUGUACUGAUGGAAAUUGUGAAACUUUUUAGCAAAACCAAGGAAAUUUCUGCAGCAAUCUGAAGAGUAAUUUAUUAAUUUGGAGUUUAUAUAAGAUUUUUUUCCCCAUUUAGUGUAUUUGGGAAUGCUCUGGUUGGCUAAUGUGAAUGCUUUUACAAAGAAAGUAUGGUAACAAAUUAUCUAGGUGUUAAAAAAAUGUCUUACUAGCUAAACAAAUUGGACUUCAGGGGAACUAGAUGUUCAUGAGUGCAGCUAGAGGUUUGCACACAAUACAGCAUCAACCUCUGGUGAAAUGCCAAGCCCUGAGGUGUGUAUCAAGUGUGCUUUAAUGUGCAUACUGUAGUGGAAUGCUGCCAUCUGUUGGUCCUGUCUUUUAAAACUGGUGAAGUACGUGUGACUGUCCUUUUAACUGUCAAAUGACUGAGGAAAGAUCUGCCACAUUUUCUCCCACAUUCCUCUUCCUGCCCUCAAAGUGAAUCAUGGUAUAUGUUGAAUUUUACAGCACAAUCCACAGGGGAACCUCUCUACUGCAAGUCAUUCUGAGUGCAAGAAGUACAAGGGGAAUGUCUCUCUGUGUGAAUUGUGUCCUACGUUUGCAAAUUGUGUCCACUCCAAGGCUUACUUAUCAGGUUAGAGUAGCCAGCUGGAGGUGUUCAGAACUUACAAGCAGAGCCGCAGACAUGGGAAAGGCUCUUACUGUUCUUUUAAAAAGGGAAACAUCAUCAUGUUUAUGUACAUUGCUGUGCUUGAUUUCUGAAAUGAGGGGCUCCUGGCUUCAGAUUUACUUGGAAAUGGCAUCCUCUGAUCUGGGAUGUGAAGGCUGGUUGCAGUUACUUUGGUGGUUGGAGAUUUGUUUUGCAGCAGAUCAGAUAUGUUCUCCAUUAGUAAACUUUCACAUGAUCCAGGCUAACCCUUAUAUUUGGAAACAAGUUGAGGACUCAGUCGCAGCACAGUUUGGCUCCAGUUAAGUUGCUGUUAAGUUGUCAGGGUUCUCCACAACCAUGACAACUUAGGAUACAAGCAAAUAUGUUUUGUAUUGGUCUUCAAGAAUAAUUGCUUAUCACAAGAUUUGCUGCAAUUGGGAAUUUGAAUAUUUGCUCUGCAGAGUAGUCUGCUCGUCUCCCUGGACUUUCAGCAGGAGUGCGUUUGUGUAUUUCAGGCUCAAGAUCACCCCUCAUUUCUCCCUGAAAAUACCUGAGGUAUAGGGUCUUUACAAAUCAGGUAGUACACCCUUAAGAUUCACCUAUGAAAUUAAACGUGUUGUGUAUUGCCAUACACAGGGCAUACAAAUGCAUUCCCCAUCCCGCCAGUGACAACCACAUGUGAGAGACAAAGCGGGUCUUGUUCCUCUAAAUGUACUGCUUGGAAGCAGUGAGACCAUUGCUGCUUUUAGGUGUUUGGCUAGCCCAGUGUGACUGCAGAAAUCAGUUCCCUCUUUUUCUCCAGGCUUGAGGACAGGUCAUGGAAACUCAUCUCUGCUUUCGCACUGAGUUUCAGAGAUGUUUGGAAGAUGAACCUCAGAAGCUCAAUGCAACUGUGGGUGCCAUCUUUCUCAGGCUACAGCCUUUCACUGGAGGAAAGUUAGGACUUCAUCUUUGAAAUUGUCAGGCUUUUGAGUUGCACUGUUAGAUAUGAGACUUACCCCAGGUUGAGGGAAGAACAGGGUUGGUGUUGUCUCCAAAAUCUGGUGUUGACUCCAAAUCUGGGAUAGCUGCCAAGGCAAACUUAGCCAAAAGGUGUGGGUCCCUGGCCAUUUAUGGAAUAUAAUGCAUGUGUAUCAUUCAUGCACACGUGUGCACAUUUGUGCACACACACUUCACAGUUAAGGGACAAAGCAAAGUGAUUAUUUAUAGUCAAGGUAAGCUGAGGUUGCAUCUUUACUUAGCCAACCAGAGUACAUGGAUAAACUGGAGUUAUCUGCAUUUGUUUUCUUCCUCUAGCACAUGAUGGUGACCCAGUCAAACAUUAUAAAUGGACAUGAAUGUGUCGAUGUAUAUUUCAAGUUUACUUGUAAAUAAUAAUAUUGUAAAUGUUUACAAUCAAAGCUAGAAUGAAAUUUUGUCAGUUUUACAGGUGCCUCAGAGUAUAACUUAUUUUUACACUUCAAGUUAUAAAGAGCUUUCAGAUUUUCUUUUGUGUGAGAGGCAAAUGCAGCAUAUACUGGCAGGAUCCAAACACAAGUACCAAAAAUAAAAUUACGACCCUGAAGCCUUCCAUAUGCAUUACCCACUGAUGUAGGACAGUGCUAGCUAAUUGGAAGGUUGAAAGAACUUGUGUCCUCUUCUAAAUUUCUAUGUGCCAGUUGCAGUAUUUCUUACUUCGAUGCCUUCUUGUAACUUUAAGCAACAAACCAGUGAAGACUAGGAUGAAAUGGAGAGGCUACCUAAUUCAUCAUUUAAUUGGCUGACCAAGAUUAUAGCCUUAAGUGUCCGGGAAAUACAAGUGGCCCUUGUUAUUCAUGGGGGUUCCGUUCCACCCUACAGCCACAGAUAACAAAACUGUGAAUAAUGAAACUUUAAGUCAAUGGGGCGGCGGGGGUGGGGGUGGGGGGGUUGGUUCAGGAGCCCUGGAACAGUGGCCCCUAGCUCCUCUAGUAGCACUCCAUCAGGGGAUCUGUUACCUCUAGUACUGCGUAAUUGCAAAGUUUCCCCACACCACAGUUGAAGUCCAACACCAAGCAGCACCAAUCCCUGGCCUGAUUGGUUGGUAGGCUGGCUAAAGAGGCAGCACAGAACUGACUCCAGUUCAAAUAAACACACACGGGAGUUUCUUCACUCUGCUGCUGGGGUUUGCAGCACCCCAUCUCUAUCUUUCUCUCUCCAGUCUCUGGCCUUCAGCAGCAAGAGUCAAGUUUAAGAAGCAGUGGAGUUCCUUCAGUCCACCGCUGGAUCUGCAGCACUCCUGCUCUGGUCUUCUGCUUGGAGCACAGAUCAGGUAGCAGAGGCAGACCUGCUGCAGACAUUGUCAUCGUCGUCAUCCUCUUCCUCAUCGAAGCCAUGGAAAGUGGAGGUGUUGCUUUCCAAUUAUGACUCUGCAGCUGUGGUGGUGGAUGCAGCUACUUUUUCAAUGUACCUAGUGAUGGUCCUUUAGUGCCCUUAUAGUUUGCAAAGCAACCUCCAGCUGCCUUUUGAACUGGAUGCUGCGCUCCAUCAGGGGAUCAAGUCUGUCAAGGCAGUCCCCAGCUGUCGGUUUGUCAGUCAAGGCAGUCCCCAACUGCAGAAUCUCAGAGAGCCCCUUUGUAGAGAAGGGCUUGGGGCACAUCUCUUCCUCUUUCUGCUCUUCUUCCUCUCUCUCAGGAGCUGCCUGGAUAAUGUCCUCCCAAGUUUUCCUCAGUCAACUCCUCCUAAUGGGAUGUCUUGCAGGCCUUCUCCAUGGUGCUCCACUUCAUCAGCUACUGAGGGAAUGGCUACAGCAGAUGAAGAGGUGACUCCCCCAGGCCACAACUUCUUCCAGACUGUGUUCCAUGUGUGGGAUUUGAUCUCUGCAAGGGAUGCCAUGGUGUUCUCAAUGCCAUCUGCUAUGCUGUAGCAUCACAAUUGCUGACAGACAGAGGGAAAUCAGCUUCCAUGAAAUCCAGCAUGGUGCCACGAGUGUACUAUGACUUGGAAGUUGUGAUCAGAUCUCGGUCCAUCGGUUAAAUCAAGGAGGUGGUUUGGGGCGGCAAGAAGAUGAUCUGCAAGUUCAGGUGUCCAAACUUCAGGGUUUCAGGAUGGCCAGGGAUAUUGUCGAGCACCAAGAGGACUCUAAAGGCCAGGUUCUUGGAGGCCAGAUACCUCUGCACCUCAUGCAGAAAACACUUGUUCACCCAGUCAGAGAAAAGCUCUGCAAUCACCCAUGCUCUCCUAUUGACUCUCCAGAAGAUGGAAGCUGGCUCCAUCCCUUUCAGGGCACAAGAGUUCUGUGUGCAGUACAGGAGUAUGGGCUUGACCACACAGUCCCCUGCAGCAUUGCCACAUACCAGCAAAGUCAGGCAGUCCUUGGCUGCCUUGAAACCCAGAGCAGUUCUUCCUUCUUUGCUGAUGAAGGAGCAAUGGAUAUUUAAAAUCAAUUUUAAAGGAUACAAUUCUUGAAAUCAAUUUUCCGUGGAUACUGUACAAUAUUUGCAAUCACUUUUCAAGAUACAGUAUUUAAACGCAAUUUUAGUGGAUACUUAAAGUCAACUGGUUUUUAAUUGCAAUUUAAAUUAACUACAGUUAUACAGUACAGUAGUAUACUGUAAUUAAGAUUAGAAUUGAAUUUUUAAUUAAAAAUAAAACAUCAAAAUUAAAAUUAAAUUUAUUAAAGUGAUGAUCAGCAUCUUACCAGGGUUGCACUAUGCUUCAAGAGGCUCCUCCAAGAAACUCCACAGGAAUGGCUCAAGAAAAGCUCCCAAGGGCUCCCACAGGCUUGCAAAGGCUCCGCAGAAAUAUCUCCAAAAGGGUUCUAGCUCAAUGGCUCCUUAAGGACAUCAAAGGCUACGCAAAGCUGCCAAAUGCUCUUUAAAAUGUCUUUUUGAAGCACAAAAAGCUCUAAACAUGCAGACCAAAGCACUCCUCCAUCCUCCUCCAAACUCCUCUCACAAUCCAUGAGCACAUGCAGGAAGAACACGACUAUAUAAGGAUAAAACGGCACACCAAAAACCAUGGAUACACAAAACCACCAUACCGCAGAUAACAAGGUUGGGUCUAUAUUUCCCAACCACAGAUAGGUGACACUGUGGGUAAUGAGGGCCACCUGUACUAGGUGAGAAAUCAGUUUGCUGGUGUCCCCCCACCCCCGCUUCAAGGCCUUAUGAAAACAGGGCCUUAAUGAAAUAUUUAAAUCCAGUUCAAGUUGGCAUCCAUGACUUCAACAUUAUAACACUGACACAGGUAUAAGCCACAGUGAAACUUCCCUACACAGACCCCACUGGGUGUUCCACAGUAGCGCAACAUCCACUCAUUUCAUUGGGGCUUGUAUAGGGUACGUUCCUGCUGGAUUCUUUCAUAGGCCACAACUCCAGACAGCCAUAGCAGAGGCAGGAGAACAGCACACACAGCCAGAUGUUCUUACUGCAGCUGCCUGCCCGGAAGAAUAGGCAAACUGCUCUUCUGUUUAAAAUUGUGAGUUGCUUGUACAGCCAGCUUGACUGGCUUCACCUCCAGUGGUGAAUGCAUUUCCCCCCAGUUUUGCUAUGCCUGUCUAAGAAUGCAGCCACAAUUGCCAAAAACAGCUUGUAAACCUCAAGCCUUAGCAGUUAGGCACCACUUGAUAAAUGCAUUAAUUGAGCUUGUGGGUGGCUUAACUGAACUAAACUGCACUUAAUUGCAAACAGAAAAUAUGGUGUUUUGGGCCAAUAAUACAAUUCCUCCGUAACCUCAUGUAUUUGUUUCCUCCUGUAGGAAGAAAACUAAAGUAUGGAAAGCCUUCUCCCUUGAGGGUAAUCCUUUUUCCUCUUUAUUAGCCUGAUACUCCUUACAUUCAUGUCACUGACAAAACCUCAAGGUCUAAGUACUUCAUCAAAAGUCCAUUGAACCAGCCAUUGAACCUCCUUGAAUUUGGUGUUUCCAUAUCAACAGAAUCAGUAAUACUCUGUUUUUAAGUACACUGGUUUUGAAACCAGGGCACAUCUUGCUUAAUUGUGUUUUCCUAAUAUAGAGCCAAUAUUGUGUAAAUAUGCUCUGGAUAAGUGAGCUCUUUUGACUGCUUCAGAUUUGCACAAUGCGUUGCCUCAACCUGCCCUUGCUCUAAUCUUGAUCUUUACUUUUUUUUAACUCAACUGAUCACAUUGAUCAGAGACAUCAGCCAAAAUUGGGUGGGUACAAAGAGACAGCAUUCCCAUUUUUAAUCAGUUUAUAUUAAAACUUGACUUAAUCCUGCUUCAUGCUGUUUAUGCAACUUCUAUUCAUAAAUUUAAUUGAUGAAUUACAUUACGAGCUUGUUCUGUGCUUUUGGACCACGUUAUGUAACUUCUACAAUCUUGACUUCUAUCGGGUUUGAAAUGUCAAUUUCUCUUUGUACACAUCAGCUAUGCUGUAUACUUCUUUCUCGCAAUAUAUUGUGAGGAAAAUGUGUCAAACCAAACAGGACAGAAACUUGUGCAUAUGAGGAGUGUUUGGAAAUAGCAAACAUCAAACUAGUAUUAGUUUAUGCCUCCAUGAAGCCAUAUGAAAUAGAACAGCCUGUCUUUUAACAUGCACAGCUAGAUGUGUGACCUGUACAUAAUUUAUGCUUGCCAGUUGACUGACCAGUAAGUGCAUUUUGCUGCUGGACUUACACUUUUGGCAAACUGUUGUGAAAAUGUGCAUAAUAUUAGGGUAGAAAAAUGUUACUCUAGGUAUACGGAUGUUUUCAAAGUACUAAUUUGGAGAUGUGCAUUUUCUCACAUGUAUGUUUCUUAGCCUGAUAUACAUUGUCACCUAAGAGAUACUAAAAUAUCAUGGUCUCACCUGAAGGGUACAAUGUCAGCCUUUAUAGAUGCCUUUCUAUGCUAAAGUUGGAGAAUUUUGUGCUGUAGAGAGCAUUUUUAUUUAGAUCUUCAAAAUCUCUUUGAAAGACAGGAUCUAGCCAUAGAAUGAGGCAAUUCCAAAUAAUAAUAAGUGGCAGGGCCUCCCAAAGCAUUUGUCUGUAGAACAAAAUCCCUUCUUUAAACUCAUCCGAAGAGGUAAGAUGGAAGAAAUGAAACCUGGUCCACUCAACGUUUUUUGCUCAACUAUUUUAUUUGUGGGCAACAGCACAGCUACAUAAACAUUUCCUUAAAUGUUGUUCCAAUUGCUGUCAAAAACUGAUUAGGAAAAGAGGGAUACUUUCUCUUGGAUAUAAAGCUUUUAAUGCCAACUUCUUAAAAAUGGGGUGGGAAAUAAUCCACGCCUGGUUCACUUGUCUAUCUUUCUUCCUGUUGUGCUCGUCAUUGUCUUGUCUUUAAUUUGUUUCUCUCUCUCUCUCUCUAUAUAUAUAUAGAUAUACAUGGAAUGCAGUUUAGCUUGAUAUUAAUGACAUUUUGCAUAUGUGAGCAUAUGGGCAAAAAACUGCACAGUUGUAAUGGUAUUCUGAUAGCAAUUGUAACUGCACAAGUCAGUGAUUGUAAAGUAUUCUGUAACAAGCAAUGUCCGUCUUCUAUUUUUUGAUACCUCUUACACUUAUGUCUUUUAGAAAGACAGUGCCUCUGUAUGCUUUUUUGUAUUUUUACUGAGUGAUUGUAAAUAUUUGUUAUAUUUUUGGUUAAGAGAAUGUUUAAAAGUACUGUUUAAUAUCCAAUCUACUAAUGUUGUCAGAACCAAUAAACUACCCACUUAAUAUGGA